AGUUAUAAAACCUUUAUAAACAGUGUCAGUUUCUCCCCUUCAAUGAAACUAGCUGCAGUUGAUACAAACAACUUUAAGUUGUUAUGCUACAGACAAAUUUUCCAGUUUAACAGAAAAAAGUCUUUGAUGGAUUUAUUGAUACUUAUAUUUGUGUUAGUUAAAUUAACAAAACAGAGCAGUUUGAAUUUGUUCAGAUUUUACAUUUGAAGCUAAAGUGUAAAUUAAGCUGUUUUUUUUAAAUUUCAUAUGAUAAAUCUAAACAAGUGUUUUCACUAGUACAAGAGUCACCUUAUUUAAAUGAGUGUGACAAUGCUGUCCAAAUCUGUUCAGUCGGAUGUUGAUAGAGUUAGUGUCUUCAGUAGACCUGACAAUGUUACUGAUGAGAAAACUGUUUUGGGGAAUAAUAACUUGAGUGGGAAUUCAGAGCUGAAGUUUUCCAAAAUGCAUGGUGUUGAUUUUAAUAUUCCUACUUGGUUUGAAGAUCUCUUUGAUUCUCAUGGGCUACAAAUGCCACAUCUUGAUAGUGAACCUUCAAGAGAGCAAGUAUCAUAUAGUGAAUCUUGCAGAAACCAUAAGAAACAACAUUUAGGGCUAUUUCCUAUUGUUACAAAGAUGAAUUGUAUCAAAGGUGACUCCAUGUCCAGCCCUACAGCAAGUCAGAAGUUUUCAUUUUCAAGAACAAGCAGCACUGGCUCCAUCCCCACUGCUGGCUGUACAUCCUCAGCUUCUUCUGCCCAGAACACAGAUGAUGAGGACAGUGAGUCAAGUAAAGUUCCCACAUACAAGGACAGGCGGCGAGAGGCUCACACAGUUGCUGAACAGAAACGGAGAGAUGCUAUAAAGAAAGGUUAUGAUGAACUUCAGUGCAUUGUGCCUACAUGUCAGCAGCAAGAUACUCUGGGCUCACAGAAAAUCAGCAAAGCCACGGUGUUACAAAGAUCCAUUGACUACAUGCAGUUUCUAAGCAGUCAGAAGAAGAAACAGGAAGAGGAACUUGAGUCCUUGAGAAAAGAAGUUAUGGCCCUGAAAAUCAUGAAAGCGAAUUAUGAACACAUUGUGAAAACACAUCAGAGUUCUCCUUCUCUUGGACAGAACCAGGUCUCAGAUGAGAUCAAGUUUCAAGUGUUCCGCAACAUGAUGGAUUCCUUAUUUCAGUCUUUCAAUGCAUCAAUAUCUGUAGCCAACUUUGCAGAACUCUCUGCUUGUGUUUUUAGUUGGCUGGAAGAGUAUUGCAAACCUCAGACACUGAGAGAACUUGUUUUAGGAAUACUUCGCCAAGUGAAUGCCACUAUCAAUAAUCAAUAAAUUAUUUUUACUGUUCUUUGUAAAUAGAGCUGUAAAUAAUAACGCAUUUUAUUUUAACUUGUUUGUUUUAUCAUGACUCAUUAAAUGUGUGUGGCCAUAUUUCAUUAUUUUAACAGAGCCUAUUAAUUUUUCUAUUAACCCUAAAGUUUCAAUUUUACCUUUAAGCUCCUGAAUGAAGGGAGAGAACUCUUUCUAAAAAUCCCUUAUAUUAUUUUGCCCUUGUUUAAAUCUAGGAGACCCUAAACACUUAAUGACAUUUACACUGAGUUAUAGGAUCUUUUCAUUCUUGUUUAAAGAGUAAAGAAAUGUCAAAGAGCUAUAAGAAUGUAUUUUCAUUGUGUAAAACCAAAAGGUUUGAAAAUUAUCUUGUCUUUAUUUGACUCUGACAGGAAGAGUUUUAGUCUAUAUAAUGUUAUCAAUAGGAGCUUCCCACCACAUUCUAUCAAUCUAUAAAUUCUUGAAAGGAGCAAGUUAAACUCGCAGUACUUUAAAAAGUCAGAUUGCAUAGAGAUUAUUCAUAUAUUUUUUUCUAAAAGGAAAUUUCCAUUUGGUUUUCUUAUCUUUGUAAAAAUCUGCAGUGCACUAGUUUUAUUUUGAAAAAAAAAAGGAAAAAUUUUGCUGCUCUUUUCUUAAUUUACAAUUUUAAAGAUCAUUAGCUUGUUCUAAAUUCUAGAUUUGGUUCAUUACAAACAAUAGUAUUUUCCUUUUUUAUCAGUAAAUUUGAAAAAAUAAAAUUAAAUAAAAACUUUUUUAUUUUCAUUAUUCAUUGUGUUAUAUUUGCAACAAUAAAAGUUUCUCUUGAAAAAUAAUGAUCCUCAUGUCUUUUGAAACCAACUAGUUUGGGUCUGUGCAGAGUGAAAUGUGCCCACUCAUUUUUUGUUGUCUAAAUCUUGAAACCAAUAGUGCAUUUUGUUUAUCAUGACACUUGCCAGCAUUGUACAUAGAUAUAUGAGUUUAUCUGGGGAUUUUAUUCAACACAGUCUUGUUGUUAUUAAGUCCUUGCAGAGACAUAAGGAAUAUAUUUCAAUGUUUUAUUAUUAGUAAUGAUAGCUUUGAUGUAGAGACCAUGGUGUGAAAGAUCGGUGAAUUAAAUUUGUAUGAGUUUUAUACUUGUUGACAUAAAUUUUUUUUUUAUUCCCUUCAAAUGCUAGAUAUAAUUAUGUAUUGCUAUUUGAAUUGUGUGCCAUAGUGGAAUGGAUUUCAGGAUACAUUAUAGUUAAAACAUGAAAUUUUAUAGAUUAUUUUUUCGUAUAAUGUCCUGAAUUGGGAUAUUCUGGAGAUGAGAAAGAUUUUCUUCAUAUUUGAAAGAGUCCCAGGCUGCUAUGGUACCAAAUUCAAAUUUUAACUGAAGAUUUCUAGUUGUUAUCAAGAGCUUAGUCCCUUAAAUAGAUGAUGACGUCUCUUACUUUUUACAUCCUGUAUUCUAAUUUAGAGAGCUGUAUACUUAUAAUGAUUCCAUGGGCAGUGGUGGACAAAUGUAGGUACAAAGUUCAUUAUUCACAAAGUCUCAAAAGUUAACGACAGCUGUAGAUCAUAGCUUUUAAAUGGAAGCUUUUUAUUGUCUUUUGACCUUUUAAAAUGUGUAAAAAAAAAAUAAAUCAUCUUAAUAGGUUUUAAUAUGCAUUGACUUUUUUAUAUUUAUGGGAUUUUUCUUUUAUUAAGAUGAGAAUCUCUGACCUCAACUCGUAGAAUGUCAGCUAAUAGCUCACAAGCCAUACAGCAUUUGGUUUUAACUUUGAAAUGUCAAGUUCUAGUGUAUGUCACAAAAUCCCUUCAUAUGUCAAAGCCUGAAAUAAAAUGUUAAUUGUUUCAGAAAGUUGCUAAUCAGUUUUUAUGCAGACUUUUUAAUAUAAUGUACAUUGUUUGAUGUAAGACCAAGAUUGUUAUGUUUUAGUUAAAUCUACAAAAUAGGAAUGUUUUACUGUAAUAUUAUCUUCUUGUUAUUGUAGGGUAUAUUGUGACUCAUGAAUUAUCAGUAGAUGCUUAUGUGUACAUGUAAUAGGGAUGUAUUUAGGUGCAAGAGGUUGAAGUCCAUUAUAACUCACUAACUCAACUGCAAUGAAGACACACACAAGAUUUAAAGUAAAAAAAAACUAAAUCCUCUAAAGAUGAAGACCUUAACUUUUAAUACAAAAUGGGAACACUCUAGUCUCUGUUCUUUUUAAAGUAAAAUGACCAAGUCCACAAAAUACAUAUACAAGAUUUAAAGUAAAAUGACUUAAGUCCACUAAAUACAUACACAAGAUAUAAAGUAAAAUGACAGUCAUCUAUAGAUUUUCAAGAUUUAAAGUAAAAUGACUUCAGUCCACUAAAUACAUACACAAGAUAUAAAGUAAAAUGACAGUCAUCUAUAGAUUUUCAAGAUUUAAAGUAAAAUGACUUCAGUCCACUAAAUACAUACACAAGAUAUAAAGUAAAAUGACUUCAGUCCACUAAAUACAUACACAAGAUAUAAAGUAAAAGAAGUAAAAGUCAUCUAAAGGUGAAGACCUUAACUUUUACUGCAAAACAGGAACAGUCUAGUCUCUGUCCCUAAAGAAGAUGUUUAUUUAGUGAAGGUCCUACUCUGUAACUAUGCUUUCUAAAGUCUCUGCUAUAAUGUGACGAAAUCCGUCUCUUAUGGUGAGUUGCUAUCUCUAGUAUAUUACAGUACUAAAACUGAUAGGAGUCAAUAAUAGUUGAACAUUUUAUGUACAUUUAUUCUGCAAUUAUUGUUUGGAAAACAAUAUAUUCAACUUUUUAUCCUCUUUUAAAAUAUUUGAUUGCAUUUUGUAACUAUGUUACACUAGUUUUGAGCCUACUGCCAUGUGUUGAUAGAAUGAAUGACUUUGAAGAAUAAAGGAGGUUUAAUAAAAUACCCCCAAAAAAUGUUUGGGAAAAAUAUU